UAUUUAUUUAUUUAUUUUUGCCGAAAGUGUACCUCCGUAUGUAAGAUGAGGCUAUCACAUUCUUUCUUUCUGCAACCUGUCCCACAAAAGUUUGUAAAAAAUUUCCCCUUGCGACCAACCUGCCCUUGACGUGACCUCGAGCAUCAAUUAUAAUUUGCCUGUCCCUUCCUGCAUCCGCAUCCCAUCAACCUCUCGUGCUGUUCCAAGGCGCUUGCGAGCUGUGUUGCGGCCGAGCAAGCUUGAAUCAAGCAACCUCGGUCCGGCGACGAGCGGCGGGCAGCGCGAUCCGGCCAUGGAGGUGGUGACAGGGGCACUGCCGAGCGUCAUCACCAAGCUUGGUGACCUGCUCGUCGGUGAGUACAAGCUGCAGAAGGGGGUGAAGGGAGAGAUCAGGUUCCUCCAAGCUGAGCUCAACAGCAUGAAGGGUGCUCUUGAGGAAGUCUCCAACACCCCGGCUGACCAGCUUCACAUUCAGGACAAGAUUUGGGCCAAGGAUUUGAGAGAGCUGUCCUACGAUAUAGAGGACAAUAUUGACACAUUCAUGGUCCGUGGAGGGGGCAAUGAGCAAGCCAAGCUGCGUGGCAUCAAGAAGUUCAUUGAUAGAAGUGUUGGUUUGUUCAGAAAGGCCAUGGUUCGCCAUGGCAUUGCUAAUGAAAUCAGAGACAUCAAGAGCCGUGUUGAAGAGGUGGCCAAGCGGCAUGAUCGGUACAAGUUAUCAAACACUAAUGUAGCUAAGCCUGUCACAAUUGACCCUCGAUUACUUUAUCAAUACGAUAAGGUGACUGAGCUUGUUGGCAUUGAGGAAGCAAGAGAGGAGAUAAUUCGGAUUCUGAUGGAAGGCGAUGAAGUGUCCAAGCAGCAAGACAAGAUAGUUUCCAUUGUUGGGUUUGGAGGCCUGGGAAAGACAACUCUUGCUGAUGUGGUGUAUAAAAAGCUUAGAGCACAAUUUGAGUGCGCAGCUUUUGUUUCGGUAUCUCAGACACCUGACCUGGAAGAAUUACUCAAGCGCAUGUUCUGUCAACUUGUCGGGAGGGAAAGUAACAAGAGCAGCGAUGUUGCCAGAGAGCUCAGAGAAUUCCUCGAGAAUAAGAGGUACUUCGUUGUUAUUGAUGACAUAUGGAAACUCUCAGACUUCAAAAUGAUUAAACGUGCUUUGCCUGGUAAUAAUGUUGGAAGCAAAAUAAUCACAACUACUCGUGAUCUCAAUAUUGCUGAACAAGCUGGCUCUGUUUACAAGUUGCAGCCCAUUUCUCCAAACAACUCUCGGAAACUAUUUUUCAGAAGAAUAUUUGGUAAUGACGACAAAGACAACAACGAAGAAGAAGAAAGGUGUCCUAACGAUGAGUUGGCUGAAGUAUCUGACAGAAUACUGAAAAAAUGUGCUGGUGUGCCAUUAGCUAUAAUUACGAUGGCUAGUUUGCUAGCUUGCAAAGCAAGAGAUAAAAUGGAGUGGUAUGAGGUGUGCAAUUCUGUUGGUACUGGUCUGGAAAACAAUCUAGAUGUGGAGAAUAUGAGAAAGAUUUUGUCAUUUAGCUAUUAUGAGCUACCAUGCCAUUUAAGGGCUUGCUUGUUAUAUUUGAGCAUUUAUCCUGAAGAUUAUAAAAUUGGCAAGGAUCGUUUGAUAAUGAUGUGGAUAGGUGAAGGUUUUAUCCAAUGUGAAAAAGCAGGGAAGAGCCUAUUUGAACUCGGAGAGAGUUAUUUCAAUGAGCUUAUAAACAGAAGCAUGAUCCAACCAAUACAUGGUAUUUUUGGAGAAAGCUGCCGUGUACAUGAUAUGGUGCUUGAUCUUAUUCGCUCCUUGUCGAGUGAAGAAAAUUUUGUUACUGUACUAAGUGAUAUGGGAGGUACAUCUCCAUCAAAUACGAUUCGGAGGUUGUCCCUUCAGAAUGGCCAGGAAAGUCAUGUGAUGGCUCAAGCUACAUGGAGCUUGCAACAUGCAAGGUCAGUUGUUGUCUUUCCAGCUGCUGCUUCUCUAGUGCCGUCUCUUGCCUGCUGCCGAGUUUUACGUGUUCUGAAUUUAGAGGGCUGCAAUCUUUCACAAGCUGAUAGUAGCCUUAGGUACCUUGGGAAUCUGCAUCACUUGAGGUACUUGGGACUAUGUGAGACAGGUAUUUCUCAGCUCCCGGAAGAAAUAGGAAACCUGCAGCUUCUACAGACAUUGGAUGUACGCAUCAACAAAAUUUCUAGGUUGCCUUCGAGUGUUGUCCAGCUAAGAAAGUUGAUGUACCUAUACAUUCAUGGGUCUACAAGAGUUCCAAAUGGAAUUGGAAACCUGACAUGCCUUGAAAAGCUGUCAUGGUUAGGCAUUGAUGUCUCCACCAGAAACAUUGUAGAAGAGUUGGGCCAGCUAACUGAACUAAGGCAGUUGUCCAUUGAAUUGGACGAGUGGAACGACAAGCUGUCGGAGUGCCUAUGCAAGCUACAAAAGAUGCAGGAACUCGUUAUCACAGGCUAUCGCCGCUAUCUUGGUCGACGCAGCAUUGGCGGAUUGGAUGCCUGGGUCGCCCCUCGACAUCUCCGCAUAUUGAGUACACAAGGCAACUUUUGGUUUUCAACACUGCCGGUUUGGGUGAAUCCAUCGCUUCUUCCGGACCUCACCUAUCUAGAAGUCGCCGUGAGGGAGCUACAUCAGGUUGAUCUCGAAAUCCUCGGGAGGUUGCCAGCUCUCCGCAAUCUAGAACUGGAGGUGGACAACAAGAACCUCGGUAUCCUUGCGGGAUUCGUUGUUGGUGCUGGUGCGUUCCCGUGCCUUGUAAGAUGUCACUUCCUGGAAUUUGCAGUGGUACUUCAACAGGGAGCUAUGCCAAGGGUCAGAGACCUUACGUUAAUAUCGUUUUAUCUGCGGGAGGCAAGAGGAAUUGCCUGCAAUGAUGGUAGUCUAGACUUGGGCCUGGGGAACCUGCCAUCGCUGCAGUAUGUCCAGGUUGCCUUGCAAUGUGAUGGUACUAGCAAGGAGGAGGCAGAGCAAGCCAAGGCUGCGCUGACGCAUGAAGCUGAAAUGCAUCCCAAUCAUCCCGAUCAUGAUAUCGGUAUUAUAGAUGACGAUGACGAUGAUGAUGACGAGUAUGACGAUGAUGAUGACGAGUAAUAUAAGACUUUACGCUGGAAGGUGAAGCUGGAGCAGAGCAGAUGACCAAGUCCCUCUAUCUGGCCACGCAUGCAGCGGUUAAACUGCUCGGCCAUGAGCUUUUCGUUGCGAGAGUGUACUGUACUCAUAUUACCGUUUUAUUUCAUCGUAAGAUUUUUACUGCAGCCUGCUGUUUCAGUGCAAGGAACAACCCAUCAUCAGUUUUCACUUUUCAGUGCAAGGAACGUUUAUUUUACUCAUUGCAAAGAGACUGAGCUGUCUCCUGCGCCCCUGAUCUAGUUGCCUUGGCUGUUGAUUUUGAUGAAAAAUUAAUAAAAAGAAGGUAUUUUUGGGUUAA